AUGGCAGCCAAAUCCCAGAGCGACUGGCUGGCAGUGAAGGGCUGUACCCACUCUGCAGUGAAGUGCUGUACCCACUCCCCAGUGAAGGGCUGUACCCACUCCUCAGUGAAGAGCUGUACCCAAUCCCCAGUGAAGGGCUGUACCCACUCCGCAGUGAAGUGCUGUACCCACUCUGCAGUGAAGUGCUGUACCCACUCCCCAGUGAAGGGCUUGAAGAGCUGUACCCACUCCCCAGUGAAGUGCUGUACCCACUCCUCAGUGAAGAGCUGUACCCACUCCCCAGUGAAGAGCUGUACCCACUCCCCAGUGAAGAGCUGUACCCACUCCCCAGUGAAGAGCUGUACCCACUCCCCAGUGAAGUGCUGUACCCACUCCCCAGUGAAGUGCUGUACCCACUCCUCAGUGAAGAGCUGUACCCACUCCCAGUGA